AUGCGUUACUCUCUGAGCUUUGAAUCCCUCUUGGCGGCUGCGGCCACAAUAGCUGGCAUAGUUGAGGCUACCCCGCCGCCCGGAUCACCCCCAACCGGCUGCCAGCCCACCUUCUCGCAGGGUCGCUUCGAGAUCGUCGUCCAGCCCAUCGCCAAUGCCAAGACGAGGCGCCAGGACGGCAUCAGCGGCGGUGCCCUGGCCAUCAGACUCGUGAACGGCGUCCUCGCAGACGGGCAGGGCCGGACGGGGUACAUUGCCAGCAACCGCCAGUUCCAAUUCGACAAACCCCACCAGGCCGGGACCAUCUACGAUGCCGGGUUCUCGUCCUGUAACAACGGCCAUCUCGCGCUGUGGUCCGAGGAGACCUUCUACCGCUGUCAGUCGGGCAACUUUUUCAACCUGUAUGAUCAGUCGAUCGCGCCCCACUGUGAGAAGGUCUACAUCAUCAUCCGCGCUGUGGGCGGUAGUACACCUAUGCAGGGCUCGUCACCCUCGCAGAUUUACGACGGUCAGAUUCAAGCGCCCCAGGGGAUCGACGCCACCACGAGGUACAUGAAGCAGACAGUCAGCCCCAGGGUGCCGACAUUGACCGCCAAAACGACCCGGAAAUCCUCCUGGGCAAGCCGUGAAACCAAGACGGACACGCCUGCCAGGCCUAGCUGGACAGGCCGCCAUGUGGCUCGCCAAGCAGAUGGGCCGCCCCAGGCUCCUGGGACUCCUGGUGCCUCGACACCUUAUGCUGCUCCUACUGUGCCUAUGCCCCCGACCACUCCCGUCUAUUCCACUGCGCCGGUGUAUCCGCCCGUCUAUCCGCCCAUCUAUCCCACUACGCCUGUCUAUCCCGUCUACCCCAGUGCGCCGGCCUCUCCUACUGGGCCUGUCUCCUACGGGGACGGGUGCCGUGCCCAUCGCUGCUGGUGA